UUGAAGUUGUUAAUGGCCAGCCAAGCAGGAUUCUUGACAAUGAGAGGGGUGGAAGAUAUGCUCUUGCCCAUGUUAAGAAAUUGCAAGAAUAUGUCACACUUGAAGAGAGUACAUUCCCAAAUGGUCAAGUUUUCUCUCGCACAAAGCAAUUUCUUGGUGACCAAAAUGGUGGAUAUUUGUGUUCAAAUUGGUGAAAUACAGUAUGCAAGUUUGCUAUUCAGGCAGGUUCUUGAGCCUAAUAUUUUCUUGUGCAAUGCUAUCAUUAGAGCCUAUACAAAUAAACAGAUGUAUCUCUUGACAAUAAAUGUAUACAAGCAGAUGCUAAAACAGCCACAGGGUGAAGAGCCCAUUUUCCCUGACAAAUUUACAUACCCUUUUGUUCUUAGGUCUUGUGGAGGACUUCUGAAUGUUUGUUUGGGGAAACAAGUUCAUGGGCAUGUUUGUAAAUAUGGGUUGAGGUCUAAUAGAGUAAUAGAGAAUUCAAUGCUUGAUAUGUAUGUGAAGUGUGAUGACAUGAGGGAGGCUCAUAAGUUGUUUGACGAAAUGGGUGAAAGAGAUGUGAUUUCGUGGAAUAGUCUCAUUUCUGGGCACAUAAAAUUGGGUCAUUUGAGGAGGGCAAGGUCAUUAUUUGAUGAAAUGCCAAAUAAGAAUAUUGUGUCUUGGACAGCAAUGAUCUCCGGGUACACAAAGUUGGGGUGCUAUGGUGACGCUUUGGAUGUUUUUCGGAGAAUGCAAAUGGUUGGUGUUGAGCCUGAUUGGAUUAGUUUGGUUGCCGUGUUGCCAGCUUGUGCACAGUUGGGUGCUCUUGAGGUUGGGAAGUGGAUUCAUUUCUACGCAGAGAAAAAGGGAUUUCUGAGAAAAACUUGUGUAUGCAAUGCACUGAUUGAAAUGUAUGCAAAAUGUGGGAGUUUGAAUGAGGCUUGGCAGUUGUUUGAUUGCAUUUCAGAGAGAGAUGUCAUCUCAUGGAGUACGAUGAUUGGAGCGCUUGCAAAUCAUGGACGAGCUAAUGAAGCAAUUGAAUUAUUUGAAGAGAUGAUUAGGGCAAGGGUUGAACCAAAUGAAAUAACCUUUGUUGGUCUUCUAUCAGCUUGUGGACAUGCUGGUUUAGUGAACGAGGGUUUAAGGUACUUUGACUCUAUGAGAAAUAAUCAUACCAUAGAACCAGGGAUAGAGCACUAUGGAUGUUUAGUUGAUCUUCUUGGGAGGACAGGGUGCCCUGAAAGAGCUCUCAAACUUAUAAAGAGCAUGCCAAUGGCGCCAGAUUCAGCUAUAUGGGGUUCGCUGCUCAGCUCUUGCAGAAUUUAUCGGAAUCUUGAAAUUGCCAUUGUGGCAAUGGAGCAUCUCUUAGAGCUUGAACCAGAUGACACAGGGAACUACGUCCUGCUUGCAAAUAUUUAUGCAGACCUUGGAAAGUGGGACAUUGUUUCAAAAAUGAGAAAAUUUAUUCGAAGUAAGAGCAUGAAUAAAACACCUGGUUGCAGUUCGAUUGAGGCGAACAAUUCAGUUCAAGAAUUUGUAUCAGGAGACGAUUCAAAGCCAUUUACCAAGGAUCUGUAUUGGAUACUGAAUCUAAUAGCAUUGCAGCAAAGUGAAACCAAUGAUCAGAUAGAUGCCAUAACCACGUUAGAGGAUAUUAGAUAAAUCAUGCAUAGUCAGAGAAGCAUUCAAAAUUUACUUUUGCAGUAUGCUGUGGAAACUGCAAACUGUCAUUUCUGUGCUCUCUUCAGGAGUUCUGUUGGUGGAAAUGGCUUUUCAGUAAAAAAUACAUAGCACUUUGUUGGUAGAGGGUGAUUUUCUACCUCUUUCCUCAACAAAUUAGAUGCAAGUUUGAAGCUUAAGUAGUUGCAUUGAAGCUGGGGCCAAGCAUCUUACAAUUAUUAAGCUAUACAGCCCUAGAAGCAUGCAGUUUCAAAUUAUAGAAUUAGCUUUGGAAAGAAAGAGUCAGCUCAAAAAGCUUUGGAUAUCCUGCUGUCAAUUCCUUUUAGAAGGUACACUAACUUUAACAGCUCUGAAGGUUUCUUGCUCCCAUUUGAAGGCAUACCACCUUUUCUUCUAGCAAUAAAGUUUCAACUAGUACAAUCAUUUGGAAAUGCUCUCUUCUCUUUCUUUUUUUUUAAACUCCAGUUUAGUUUGGUAGUUUUGGAGAAAGAAGAAUAUUUGUCUACCAUCAAUCAAAAAUUUAAAUUCAAGAUGCAAUCAACUAUCAUAAUUUUGGUGUUAUUAUCAAUCCAAUCUUUGCCGGGUAAAGGCCGCUCGACUAACAGUAUGUAAUUACGUUCUCAUAAUUUUGGUACUUUAAUCACGUUAACAAUACUCUGACUUGUAAUUACGUUUUUCUUUUUUGGCUAGGUAAAUCAGUUUAUAUAUUCAGUUAAAGUUUUCAUUUGUAGGUUCUAUUUCCGGGAAAACCGUUCCAGGAUUCACAUCAUUUUAGUACACGCUAGAACAGCAAGCCUACAGAGGUCUUUUUGGUCAGUUACAAGUACGCGAAUCACACACAUUCUGCAUUCACUAGAUGAAUGUCAAGAAUUGAAAAAUCGUAGUUCAG